AUGUAGAGCGAUAUUUUCAAACGAACGGUAUUUAAUUUCCAUGACCAGAACAAAUCCGAUUACAUCAAAAACUGAUCAAAGAAUACCACAGCCUUGAACCGUCUCUGAUAUGAACUUUAAAUGGCCACUGAGCACUAGAUUGCUCUACUUCUGCAAUGAAAGUUUUCUUACACGAAAAUGUUUACCAACAUACUACAGCAGAAAAAUGGAUGCAAACAGAAACGCUAUUAAGGAAUAUCACUUCAAAUUGAUUGUUAUCGGUGACCCAGAAGUAGGAAAGUCGUCUUUGGUAGCUCGCCUGUUAGAUGAUUAUCCAAAUACCGUAAACUAUAACCAUCGACGACUGAAAUACACAAAGAAUGUCUCAAUCGAGGACUCAGUCGUGAAACUGCAAAUACACGACACUGCAGGACAAGAAAGAUACAGAAGUCUAACACAGUCUUAUUACAGAGGAACACACGCUUGUUUCUUUGUGUUUGACACCAGAAAACCAAACUCUUUUGACAGCAUCAACUCAUGGAUGGAGGAGUUCAACUUCUACGCAGACAGUCAAAAGUCGGUAAACACAAUCAUUGGCACAAACUGUUGUUCCUCUGAACGUGUAGUCGAUCAACAAACUUUGAAAAACUUUGCCAGUUUUCGAGAAGUGGACUACUUAGAGGUUGAUUUAGAAUGUAAUGUCAAUGUUUCGGACAUCAGCGAAGAAUUGUGUGCCAAUUUAUUGAAGAAAAUGAAAGAGAAUUCAUCGUGCCAUCACACAUGUGGAAAGUACACUGUAUCUCUACAUAGACCUAGCUUAACAAAGAAAAUUACGAAUAAGAUUUGUGAAUGCUAAGUUUGAUCGAGUGUCUUUGUUAAACGUGGAAGUACUCAUUGCCAUUAUCUUGUCA